GGAAAUGUACCGGAAGUUGGUUUUAAUGGCGAUUGACGUUUGACGUGGAUUUUUGUUUCAUUCAACUGACAUGUGAUUAUUAUUGAACUACAAAGUCGCGUUAACACAUUUCCUGUAAGCACCAUGGGUGCAACAAGCAGCAGCCUGUCAGAGCUGGCCAGCAAUGAUUACCUGAAGAGACUGUCGGGAACUGAACCCAUCAACCCCAUGGACCCGUACUGGAACCAGUUGCUGUCCUUCUCCUUCCUUAUUCCAGUCAACAGCACUGAUGCUCGCCUGCUUGAAGAAUCUACAGCGGCCGUUUGUCGGAAUUUCUCUGUGAACAACACCCACACUGGAAACUUCCGCUCUCUCAUACACAACUUUCUCGUUCGGUCAGCUGAGCUGAAGGCAUCUGCGCAGUGCGACGACAAUAUUUUCAUUUGGCAGACCUACAAUGCACUGUUCAUUAUCCGCAGUUUGUGUAAAUAUUUUGUCGAAUAUCUCAGCGAAGAACUUUUACUGCAACAGUUCGACUGCAAGCCACCAGAUCCAGAUGGGUCUGUUCCGGAGUUGGCCGAAGGAGAACAGAUGGGCUCGUUAGCAGAAGACCUUCUUAACUCUCUGAUAGAGCUCAUCGUUGAUGUCCCAGUUCUGAACUUCACAUACGCGCUACACUUGGAGGCUCUCAACACGAUUCUCACUCUGCUGUCAAUCCAGAUGUUUCAACCACAGGCAACCAGCACCUUCACCAUCUUCAGAUUCAUGAUGCAGGGCAAGUGCGCUAUCCACGCCCCACUGUUGAUGAAGGCGUUGCUAUGGAACUACAUAAACCAGGAGAAGAUUCCUCCGGAACUCUACAAAGGAACGUCGGAGAGCAGCAGUAUGUUGUACGACAUGACCGCCGCUGUCGCAUCCAGCUUCUGGUCUGUGGUGACCUUGGGAAUGGGAAGCAAACCAAAGCCAGUAGAAGAAGAUUUCUCUGACACACUGCUGGCCAAUCAGAGCCUUCUUCUCAUACUGGUGCUGACCAAUCACUGCACGAGUGACAGAGGUUUCAACAACCCCUACAGACAAGCUCUCUUCUCCUUCACAGAUUCCCAAGACACAUCCAAUCCAGGUCCAACGCGUGCAGUACCCACGUUUAAGAUCGACUUCAAUCGAUUGUACACGACCUUGUGUCUGACUUUGAAGGACGAUCAGAACACCCUGCUCUUCUAUUUACUGUUACAUCAGAACAUGCAUAUGAAAGCCUUCAUACUGUCACGAACAAACGUUGAUCAAAUCGUUUUGCCGUUACUGCGGAUCUUGUACGAAGCCCAGGAGAGGAAUUCUCACCAUAUCUACAUGGCACUGAUCAUUCUACUGAUUCUCAGCGAGGACGACGUCUUCAACAAGGCUGUCCACCAGAUUGUGAUAAAAUCUGUCCCAUGGUUCAAAGAGAGGCCACUGUCGGAGAUAACUCUUGGUGGACUACUUAUCCUGGUGGUUAUUCGCACCAUACAGUUCAACAUGGCUCGUAUGAGGGACAAGUAUCUGCACACGAACUGUCUCGCGGCCCUCGCCAACAUGUCGGCACAGUUCUCCGAUCUUCAUCCCUUCGUCGCACAGAAGAUCAUCAGCCUGUUUGCCCAGUUGUGUAAAAAACAUGUACGUCUAGUGGAGCAGAUUCGACAAUCAGCGACAAACUCCGACCGAGGGACCGAGUCAGAAGAUGACAUGGAUCAUGACUAUCUUGCGGAUCUGAAUGUUCUGGAGGAGGUGAUCCGCAUGGUUCUCGAGAUCAUCAACUCCACGCUGACCACGUCGCUACAGCACAACCCGAAUCUCAUCUACACGCUGCUGUACAAGAGGGACCUGUUCACGCAGUUCCGGACUCACCCCACCUUCCAGGACAUCAUCCAGAACAUAGACACGAUUUUGGCGUUUUUCACUGCCCGUUUGGAACAGAAUGGUAAAAACAUAUCACCGUCCGAAGUGUUGGAAAUUAUUAACGAAGGUGCCAUACAGUUUAGAAAGGACAGAUUAAAGAAAUUCCCGGAGCUGAAGUUCAAGUAUGUUGAGGAGGAUUCCCCGGAGGAGUUCUUCAUCCCAUACGUGUGGUCGCUCGUCUACCAUGUGUCUAACAUGUACUUCAACGCCACGCGCAUCGUCCUCUUCUCUCUUUCCACUACAGACACCUGAUCGUCGCAGCGCUCCAGUCACAUUGUAUACGAUCUUCUUGUAGACAUUAAUUUUUGAUAAAUCUCAGAUGUGAGGAAAAUCACACAUCUCAAAAUGUUAACCUGAGGAAAAAAACACACACCUCAAAAUUAUCGGUAGACUUUCGUUUUUAAUAAAUCCCAGAUGUGGGGAAAAUCACACGUCUCAAAAUAUUAACAUGAGGGAAAAAACACACACCUCAAAAUUAUCAGUACACUUUCGUUUUUGAAAACCCCAGAUGUGGGUUUCUUGUAAUUUAGGGGUGUUCAGAGGCGAAGUUGUGUUCCUCAAAAAUGAAAGUCUGGUUUUGUAAAAAUAUAAUCUCUUUACAGAUCUGACGAGGUGCUGCUACAAGUUGUGGGGGAAUAUACUUACAGAAUAUAUGAGGAAAUAUUGUACUUGUGAGGGAAUACAUGUAUCAUAUAUACAUUUUGUAUUUAACUAUAAACACAGUAUCCUGAAUAUCGUAGAUGGCCAGGAUUUAAUAUUAAUUGGAUAUAAGCACAACAAUAAAAAGUUAAAAUUAAAAUAUUUAUGGUAUCAACACCAAAACCAUGAGGACUAGAGAAGUAUGUUCCAUUUUUAUGUUUGAAUUUUCCAGAAACAAAAUAAUGGAACUGUUAAAAAGGGAGGGGGGCGCAUAUUUCACCCUAACCCGUUCCAAUUGCAUCUCUCCCCCUGCCACCACAUCCCCCAAAACACAUUUCUGAUGAUGUUAUCCACCCUUUGUAUCUUUUCAAAGGCCAGUACAUAUUAAUUUCAACUGUUGAGAAAAAUAUUUACAAAAAAUUGGGGGGUUUGGGUUUUGGAAUUUUCAUGUUUUAAGAUGCAUUUUGACAUUUAAAUCCGCUGAACACAUUGCAAAACAUUUAUCAAGUUUACAGUUCAUAUCAUUCAUUUACAAACACGCCGAUACUGUUUUCAUCGAUUCAUAUCAGUGUUUUCGUACUGAUAAUUGUGUGUGUAAUUUGUAUUUAAACAACACACAGUUGAUGAGAAUUCAGGUGACGGUUUCCUUCAAAAACUUCUGUGGAGAACAAAGUACCGUUCGACUUUCUUUACCUGUGGUAACGACAUGGUGUAACCUAAAUGACAGUUCUCAACUUACUUUGAAGUCUGACCUUGACAACAGGCACGGGCUGGGCUCUAGCCACCAACACUCCCACCCACCCACCCCACCCCGUAAUAAUUCUGAAUGAAAAAUAUUGGUAGUAAAUCUUACUUGUAGAAUGCAAGAAAUUGCUGUUCAGGAUAUCUAGUUUUAAAAUCUUUCCUCUCAAAUCUCCUUAGAAACUUUGCUUUGCACCCGGGAUCUCAGUCAACCCCUCUCUCCCCCCCCCCCCCCCCCCAUGUCUGCUUGCUUCUACCAUACCUGGACAAUCCCUUAUUUUACUUUGGUACAAGCAAGACUGAAGAAGUUUGUUUUGUUUAACGACACCACUAGAGCACAUUGAUUUAUUAACCAUCGGCUAUUGGAUGUCAAACAUAUGGCCAGUUUGACACAGUCAUAGAGAGGAAACCCGCUACAUUUUUCCA